CUCGGUCGAGUCAGGGAGACAGCGCGGCACGGCCCCGCACGACCAGUCCGCCGGAGUCCCGCCGGACCCGGAAACCGCGACCCGAACAUGCCGCGCGCGCGCCGUCACCGCGACCUGUGACCUGUGACUGGGACACCCCGCUGGAUACUACUAUCUGGAUUAUCAGUGUGACAAGCCAAGUGUGUUAGGUGUAGUUCGUUGUAUUUGAAAGAGUUUCGUGUCUUUUUAUUGUUUUCAAUCUUGUAUUGAUUGAAAACCGCGCGCAGGUCUGCGACCACAGUGAAGUGUGUGACAGUGUGUGAGUGGGCGGGCCGCAGGCGGGCCGCAGGAUGACAGGCCCGUGCAGGAGCUGCAGCAGGACCUGCAGGAGCCGCGGGAUGGCCGUCCCCCUGGGAGUGCUCCUGCUGCUGGGGACCAGCCUCGCGCUAACAGAUUCAGAAAACUUAGAAAUUAUUCGACAAGACCGAGUCAGAAGAGACGCCAGCGAUGUCACCACGCUGUACGUCGACCCGCUGCCGGGUCGCGGCGGAGUGCCGCCGGCCGUCGGCGUGCUCUCGUCCACGGCGAGGACCUUCGUGCAGGACGGCGCGACCACCGAGUUCGCCACGCAGGUGGUGGGCACGACCCUGGGUAACGGCGCGUACGCCCAGCUGCUCACCACCAGCUCGAGGGUGUUCUACGACGGCGGCGACCUGCUGCGUUCCCCGCACCACCGGCCCACCGCGCGCCGGCCGCCGGGCGCCGCCGGGGCCGCCCCCGUCAUCGUGUACCCCACGCAGGCCUACCACCACGCGUUCAAGCCCGUCAAGGCGGCCACGCUCUACAGCGUGAGCCCCGCGCCGGCCAGCGUGGUGCAGGCCGUGCCCGCGCCCGCACCACCGCCGACACCCUCGCCCGCGCCCGCGCACCAGGACCCCAUCCUGGAGCAGCCUGAUGCACCGCGGGCGCCCGUCGGCAACGACCUGGAUGACCUUUUCAGCCUGUCCGAGACCAGGAACUCGCUCAACAACGUGAUCCUGGUGAACGCGGAGCGCGAUCCUCGCGAGCUGGCUGCCAACAACGCGGACCGUAACAUCGACCUGUACAAGAAACGUCAGGCGGAGGACAAGCCCGCUCUGCCGCAGACCAACGAGGUCAAGCCCAACCCCGCACGCGUCGUGAACCCACAGCUGGACCUGCCUACCUUCACUGUUCGACACGACUUCGCCCCCAGCGCCUUCUCCUCCGAGGAGGUGCACAUCGAGACUCCACAGAAGAACGCCAAGGACCCCAGCAAGAGCAGCCUAGUGCGGCCUCGUGCCAGCAAGGCGCUGUUUAGGGGCGGGCUACCCAGAGCCGACAGCCGCAAGCUGGACACCGUCACCUACCUCGGCUUCGUGGACUUCACGACCACAGUGGGCGACACCGUCAUCAUUUUCAUGCCGAACACGGGCGGCGCGCCCAAGGCCACGAGGCCCGUCGAUGACGACAUGGCCGUGGUCACGGACGUCAAGACCUUUAUGUCGCACUCCCCCGGCAUGAUGACCCGCACCGUGACCGGUCACUCGCUGACCAUGCAGACGUCCCUGCCGACCAUGGUGGCCGAGCGCGCCGAGCUGCCCGUGCGGCCCAGCGCGCCCAGCGCGCCCCGCCAGCCCAAGCAGUCUGCGUUCCAGGACGACGAGAAGGAUGACUACAUGAGGAAGUCGUCCGUUCUGGCGCGUGAACAGGCGUUUGAGCCCGCGUCCGCGAGGCUGAGACCCUCGCAGGUCGUGCAGCCGUCCGAGACGAGCGCGCCCGCCGUGGGGCCGCGCCUGGCCGACGCGGAGCCCUCCUCGGCGUACCAGUCAGCUCGCGCCACCGAGCCCCUGCCCCCUUACAGCACGAGGGUUUUGGAGGAGCGCAAGAAGGCCCAGCCCCUCGGCCUCCUCCGCACCAUCGACGAGAGCGUCGUGAACGCGGGCACCACGACCAUGUACAAGAAGUCUGUGAUCGGCACCCGCGUGGACGGCACGUACAGGGAGGUGGUGCAGACCUCCUCGCGCGUCUUCUUCUUCCUGGACGACGUGGUCGAGCCGACCCCGGUGCCCAAGCAGGACAACAAACCGCAGACCAUCUUCUCGCAGUUUGUCGGAGAGGCCGAUUCCACGACGGCGCAGCCAGUAACCGAGGAGUCCGACGACGCCACCACCGUGCCGCCGGAAGUGACAACGCCUGAGAACGACAUCUCCAACGAGGUCGACUUGGGGAAGAAAGCGAACGGCGAAGUUCAGUCUACGGCGUUCCUAACUCGCGUGGUGCCGUCGACCGUGUACAAGACCUUCACCUACUUGACAACCUUCUUCAUACCCGCUGAGGGGACGCUCACCACCACUUCUGUCAAGUCACGUGAGGUCACCUCAACCGACGUGAUCCAGGUGACGCGCGUGAUCAAGGCUGGCGUCGAUGCCGUCGAGGCCACGCAGUCCCCGACGCUGCCACCCACGACUACAACGCCCCAGCCUACGGCUCCGCCCACGACGGAAGAAGCCGAAGACCCAACUACUACUGGCGCCCCUACCACCCCCUCCACGACCACUACCACCACCACGGAGAAGCCGCCAACCACGACGCCGGAGAAGGAAGUGACAGCGCCCGAGGCUACGACGGCCAAGGACGAGGAGGUGACCACUGCGAAGGAGCCUGAGGAUCUGACCACGUCCGAGCCUCCGGUUAUCACCACAACCCCGGCCAGGACAACGACGACGGAAAAGUUGCCCGAAGAAGAAGAGGAGGAGCUGGAAGUCAUUUACAAGACGUUGUACACGACCUACACCUACCUGACCACGUUCUUCGAGGAGUCUACGACCAGCGUGGCCAGCAGGGAGGUGAUCGUAACCAACGUCAUCUCCUCGACCAUUGACCCAGCCUUGUUCGCUUCCGAGCUCCUGUUCGAAGAGAGCGCGUCGUCUAGCACCUCCGACUACCUUAUGACCUCCACUGACGAGCCCAGGAUCGUCCCGACCACCGUCCGCCCGGCAGUCCGACCGACCAAGGCGGUGCCGGUGGACUCCGGGCUCUCCCCGGAGGAGAGGGACCUCUUUACGGAGGUCAUCGAAUCAGUGGACGUCGAGAAGGAGCUCAGCACACCGACGGCUGCUUUCAACAGCGCCGGCAUCGUGGAAACGGCAGUGGACCCCAAGACGUACUACACCACGUACACCUACUUCACCACCAUCUUUGUGGACGGUGAAACGAGCGUGUCCAGCCGGACAGAGGUGUUCUCGAACGUGCUCUCGCCGACCAAGACAACCGACGUGCAAGCCACCAAGCCCAUCAACAUCGACGUGAACCGGGUGUUGUCCCCAGGUGAGGAGAACGACGAAGACAACGACUUGACACGUGCUUACCUAAAGUCAGCAGGGCCCGAGGAUUCCACAGAAGACGCGCGGUACACGACCAUCUCCAGGAACGAGGAGAACGUCCUCAACCCGUCAGCCGUCCGCGUCGGUGACGACGAGGAAGUGUUCGUCACGGAGACGAGGGUUACUGACGUCACAAGCAGCACGUCAGGCGGCAAAAAGAUGCAGCGCAAGAUUCUGGACAUCGCGGACUCGGGCCUCGACGACCAGAUCAGCUCGGAGAGCAACACGGAGGAGAUCGAGCCAUCGUUCAGUCCAUCCGUACUGCUGCAGACCAGCUUCACCACCUUCACAUACUUCACCACGGUCUACAAGGGCUCUACAUCGAGUGACAUCAUCAGCCGUCUGGAGACGGUGACCAACGUCGUGACGGAGACCGUGGCGCCUAGCGAGACCAACGCGUACAACGACGAGGACGCGACGCUGCCGGUCACCUACUUCACGACUUUCACUUACUGGACCACGCUGUACAAGGAAGGCAGCACGCACAUCACCAGCCGAGAGGAGACGGUUUCUAACGUGGUCACACCCACCGCGUCCCUGCCCGCCACCGCAUCGAUCGAGAUCACGCCUACCGCCGUCCUGGACAGCACGACGCUGGCGCCGACGGCUGCGCCGGACGCCCUCCUGGAGCUGUCCGAGCCCAAGGCGCUGGAGCCCACGACCUACUACACGACGUACACGUACUUCACGACGUCGUACAUUGGCGACAGCACCAUUCUCAAGUCGAGGCUGGAGACCGUGACCACCGUGGUCAACGCCACCAUCGCCCCGAGUGUGGCCGAGGUGGAGAACGGCCUGCAGACCGGCAGGGCCAUCGUGAGCGUGGCCGUCGAGCAGCAGGUCGGGCCCGUGUACGAGCAGGAGGACAAGGUGACGGAGGCGCCCGACGCGCCCGCUGCAGCCGCCGUGCAGCCCACUGGCCUGCUGUCGACCAUCGUGGCCAGCAGCGUGGUGGACGGCACCACGACGGUGUACUCCACCGACGUGUUUGGCACCUACAUCGACGGCCUGUACGCCCAGGUGCUGGAGAGCACGACACGAGUUCAGGAGGAGGCCCAGCCCGACGUGCAGCCCACGCAGACGGAUGCGCCCAAAGGGGCCGCACAGCCCACCGGCGUCGUCUCCAUCAACGAGGGCAGCAUCGUGGACGCGGACGGCGUCACCACGACCUUCUUCACCACGAAGGCCGUCGGCACGUACGUGGAGCAGCUGUACGCACAGGUCGUGGAGAGCACGUCCUCCAUCAAGAUCGACGAGGAGAAGGCCACUCAGACACCAGCUGUGGACCCAACCGUCACCGUCAACGGCAAGACCUUCCGCACCGGACUAGUCCGCCUGAUCGAGGGCUCCAUCGUCAAGGACCAGACCACCACGUUCUACGAGUCACGUGUCAUCGGCACCCUGAUCGACGGUCGCUACGCCCAGAUCAUAGAGUCGACGUCCAGCUUCAAGGCUGAUGUGGCCGCCACGGUCGACCCGACCGGUGUGGUGUCCGAGAUCCUGGCCACGGCGUCGGCAGCCAAGGGCCUCGUGCAAGCCACAGCCUCUGUGUCGACCUCGCCGUCUCCGGACGUGAUCGAGAGCUCCAUGGGCGGCGAGGGAUCUGGCUCCGGCGAGGGCAGUUCCGAGGACGAGGAAGAGGGAAGUGGCGAGGACGACGGCUCUGGCCGACGCGGCUCUUCGGGCCGGCUCAACUUUGCCACCCGCAAGCGCACCUUCACGCCCACCAUCAGGCCCUUCUCGUCUAGGAACAGGCCGACCUUCCUGCCACGUCGCAAGGCCGAAAAGGCCACCAGCGCGACGACCAUCACUAGGAACCUGCUCACGCCCACCAUCACCGCCACCCCUGCGCUCAAGCCCGACGGCAGCGCGUCCACGCGCGGUCGCUUCGCCGGCAGCCGGCGCCAGAGCUCGUCGCUACUCAGCAGCUCUGCCAGCCUGGACGUCAAGGCCUCCGCGUCGGCCGGGAGUGGACGCCGCUUCACGGGUCGGUCGCGCACCUCGUCCAGCGGUGCCAUCACGCCCUCAUCGUCGUCCUCGACCUUCGGGGGAGGCCGCCGCUCCAGCGCGGGCCGCAUCACGCCGUCGGCGUCCGUGUCUGGACCCACGGCCUCCCGCACGAGGGGCUUCGCGUUUAGCAGGCCGUCAAGCAGCCGCGCCAACCCCACGGAGCACCCAUACCGCGCGUCGGCCGCGUCCGCCUCCAGCUCGCGCUUCAACCGCAUCCGUCCGACAAGCGCGUCGUUCCCCGGCAGGGGAGGCGCCACCGCGCACGCGCACCUGCACGACAACUCGCUGGGGCCGGAGGACAACGACCUGGGCAGCACCACCAUCGUGACUGAGGAGACGCCCGCGGUGACGGCCUCCGAGGAGCAGGAGACUCCGGCGCCGGCCACCACUACGGAGUCGUCCAGGAGGAACCAGAACCCGCUGCUUCGCUUCAGGAGGCCGCCCCUGGCUGGCCGAUCACCUGCCUCCACGACCACCCCUAAGCCCGUGUCCACCAGUGCGCCGCGCCGCGGCGUCCUGGGUAGGCGCCAGGGGUCAGGAGCGUCCACUACCACCACGACAACCACGCCCAAGCCGUCCAGGCCGAAGCCGCCGCCGGCCAUCGCCAGCGGCAGGCAGCGCCCAGCCAACAACUUGUUCCCAAAGAGGGGGCUCUUCAGGAAGCCCGGCCAGGCCGAGGAAGAAGACAAGAAGGAGGAGGAGAAGGGCACCGACGAGGAGAAGGAAGGAGAGGAGGGUACCGUCGUAGACAACGACUAUGAGGGCUCCGAGGUGGCCAACGCAGAGUCCAAGUCCACAGCCGCCCCCGUCGAGGAGGCCACCAAGCCGAGCCGCCGCGGUAAGACGGUUAGCGCCGUGUCCAUCAGACCGUUCGCCGGCCGCCGGCCCGGCAGGGUGCGUCGUCAGGCCGACCCGCAGUACUCCAGCAGGGGUGCUAGGACGUACGCCGGCGAGCGCCAGUACAGCUCGCGCUACCACCGGCCCACCUCGCGCGCGCAGCAGACGCCCGCGCCGGUCGUCCAGGACCGCGCCGACUACGACUAUUACUACGACGAGUACGUUGAGCAGCCCACCACCAAGGCCAGCCACACCAGCCACUCGACGCGCUUCACGCCGCGGCCACGCGCCCCCGUGCCACCGCCGCAGCCGGCCACGCAGGCGCCGCAGACGCACCACCGGGAGAGGGUGAGGCCCACCAGCGCCUCCUCCAGCGCGGCGCGCUCACAGUUCACGCUCCGCAAGGAGAACCCCACGACCCCGGCGCCACGCGCCACCUUCCGCCGGCCGACCACGUCGCCCGCGCGCCGUCGCACCAGCAACUACGAGACCACCCCCGCGCCGGUGCGCGCGCGCCCACCACGCCUGCGCCAGUCCUACCAGCCCACGGAGGCGCCGUCCUCGUACUCGCGCUCCUCCAACCGCCGCGGCUACACCAGCAGCCGCCCACGCACGCCCACACGCGGCCGCUACCGCGGCGACACGGUCGACGACGCGUACGUGGCCGAGUCGCGGUUUGACGGCACCAUCACCGUGACGCACAAGAUCCCGACCGAGGUGACCAUCCCUAUCGUCAACGGCAAGGUGACGGAGUACAAGAACGUGCUGACGGCCAAGCCCAGCCUGCAGGUGCUGGGCCCGCACCAGUACUCGACCACGGUGGGCAAGGACGGCUCUUCGUACAUCCAACUGACGGCGGAGGUCACGAGCACGGCCGCUAACGGUCUGCAGGAGGUCACCAAGUUCAUCGUGCACGAGACCCCCACCACGAGCGUCACCUUCACGCCGACUGUGAUUCGCGGACGGAAGACGUCCUACUCGCACGUCGUGCCCAGCACGGUGUACGACGUGGAGCCGGUGGUGAGCACCGUGACCCCGCAGUUCGGCGGACCCAACGCGCCGCUCGCCAACAUCCUGCUGUCGCAGCUGCUGCUGGGGAACAUCGGCCUGCAGCCCAAUAUUGGUCUCCAGCCCAACGGUCUGCUCGGUGCCGGCCAGCCGCAGACCCCUGCCACGCCCACCACGGAGUACAAGACCAAGACCACCACGUACGUGACCACGCUCACGGACCAGACCUCCACCGUGCUGCCGAUCACGCUGCGCGGUCAGAAGAUCUACACGACGCUCAUCGACAGCUCGGUGCAGGUCAUCACCGCCACGGAGUUCAUCACGGAGACAGUGGUGGUGACGCCUACCGCGUCACUCCCCGCCGUCAACAACCAGUUCAACUCUCUGCUGUUGCCCGCACUGCUGCAGAACGCACUUCUGCAGCCGCAGGCCACUGUCAGCCCCCUGGGCCCGCUGGGCGCGCUCAACCCCGCCCUGAGCCCCGCCCUGGACCAACCGAAGCUGCUGCUUGACGAAGACGUCCUGGAGAACACUGCCGGCCCAAAGGCCAAGAAGGAGGACACCGAGUCCGACGUGCGGCCCGCCCGGGGCUCCGAGGAGGCCUCCAGCGAGGAGGAGGAGGUGGUGAAGACGAAGCGGCCCAAUAAGUUCAGGCCGGCUCUGAAGAAGAUGGAGGUCGAGCCAGCCGUGCCCGAGACGAGCGUCAUCACCAUCUACGUGUCGGGCCGCCACCCUGGCGAGUUCAGCACCAUCCUGUCCACCGUGACGGUCGGCCAGGAGUCGUCCGUGUCCGUCAAGAAGCGGGAGGCCGGCUUCGGCACCCCCGUGGAGGUCGUGGUGCAGCCCUCGCGGCUGCCCGCGCAGCUGGGCGGCUCGUUUGCCGACGACUUCGACCUGAGCAUGGAGAAGUACCUCAUGUCCGGGAUGAACGACAUCUCGGUGGAGAGCAGUGAGCUGGGUACGCAGAGCCUGGAGAGCAUCGUCGGCGACGUCAGUCAGUACGUCAACAUGCUCCGCGACGCAGGUCGGUCUGGACGUGGCCGCCACGCAGGCCAAGCAGCAACCCAAGAAGUACACCAAGAAAGAUUUUUUCGCGAAGGCCCCGCUGAGUUAGCUCCACCGCUGCGGCAGGCCCACGCGAUAACCAACAGGAGCACUGACCCCAGCUACGCCAGGUACACCCCAAGCCGUCAGAGGAGGGACACGACAUUCCCCGGCGCCUCUGACGGACAGCAACAGCACGCCCAGGCCCCGCGGCCAGUCCGCGUCGGCAGACGACGGCGACCCGCCUCGUCCCCGAACCGGCCUGAAGCCGCCCUCACCCGCGGAGUGGAGGUCAGCCUCGCCGAGGAGGCGAUCCUGACAACCAUCUCCGACGGCCCCACCACAGCGCCGCCCCUCGACAAGCCGACCACCUUCAACCCCAAGUCGAGGAGAGUCAUCAUCCCCAAGGUCGGCACCAGCACCAGCAGCACCACCUCCCCAGCCACCCCAAGGGCUUUCCGCGUCCCAGCGUCUCCAACGACGCCCGUCGACGAUUUUCUCGUUGCCGAGAGGGACGACGAAGACGUUCUCGUCGUUCGACCGAGUGCGAUCGGCACCCCGUCUCGGCGGGUCGCCCCGACCACUUACCGGCCGUCGUACCGACCCGUCAAGGCCUCGACGCUGGCUCCGGUGACAUCCUCGCCAGCGUCCUCGUCGCCGACGCCUUCGUCAGCCACCGCAUUCACCAACACCCCGCCCAGUGCUCCUGGAAGACCCGGACCGCGACGCAAAAUACCAAAGACCCCUCCUCGCCCCAGUCUAGUCAGUGUGGUGACCGAGACGGUGACGCGGCCCCGCCUGCGGACCGUCACGCUCGUCGUGACGCGCCAGGGCGGCCCCACCGCCGACCCCUCGGGGGCGCUCGUCCCCGGGGCGCCGGCCGCGCCCCUCGUGUUCACCAGCACCUCCCUCAAACACGACAUCCAGACCCUGAUCGUGACCAGGACGGUGACCCUGGACCUCUCCUCCGCGUCCGCCUCAGUGGCGGGCGAGCAGGCGCGCGCCUGGAACCUGGCCACCAAGGUGAUGAGCAACGGCGUGGAGGUGAUCGUGGCGACGGACAAGAGCACCCUGCCGGGCGAGCCCGAGGUGCUCCGGGUGCUGCCCUCGUCGCCCAUCACCCUGGCGCCCUCCACCCUCACCGACCACAUGAUGCUGCUCAUGCCAUCGCAGGUGGAGCUGGACUCCGCCCAGUUCGUGACGCGCACCUACGUGACGACCUACACGCUGGUGGAGACGUCCACGUCGCAGGAGCACGUCGUGAGCAACGUGGCCACGGAGCAGGUCGACCCCGCGGGCGCCACCAGCACCCCGCAGAGCUCCGUGGGCGUGACGGUGACGGCGAGCCCCGUGCUGAGCACGGCCGUGUACCACACGACGUACACGUACCUCAACACGCUGCUGGACGGCGAGGUGCCGCUCGUGCUCACGUCCCGCCGGACGGUGGCCAACACGGUCACGGCGCCGGGGGAGCUGCUCAGCACGCUGCCGGCCGCCGACGCGCUCGCCACCAACACCUACCUGUCCACGGUGCAGCUCACGCGCACGCUCAGCGACGGCGACCAGCUCAAGGUGGUCUCGACGCAGGACGUGCUCACGCGGGUGGUCAUCACCGAGUCGCAGCAGCAGGCGCAGCUGGUGACGCACGCGCCCGCCGCCACGCCCACCGAGCUGGACAUGACCACCACCGAGGUGGUCAAGACGUAUCUGGUCACGUACACGUACUACUCGACCUACCUGGAGGGAGAGAGCACCGUGGUGCACUCCGACGUGGCCGUCUCCACCGACAUCACCACCGAGACGUUCCUCAAGAAGCCCAAGAGAACCUCCGCGCUCCGUUUGGAGACGACGACAUCUGUAGUGGAACCGACGCCCACACCGCCAGAGGCGUCCCCCUCGCUGUCUCCGACUCGCGCCCCGGUCGCCCAGGAGGAGAAGCUGCCCGGCAUCCACGUGGUGGCCACAAAGACGUACCUCACGACCUUCACGUACUUCACGACCCUGCUGCAGGGCAGCAUGCCCGCCGUCUCCACCGUCGUCUCCUCGCGCACCCGAGUCGUCCAGAACGUCGUCACCGAGAGCGUCGCAACCUCCUUGCUGCACCCCGACUACGUCCAGCGUCUCCGCAGCUCGUUCCGCGCCGAUCCCGCCCUGGACUCGAGCCGCAUCGUGGCGACGGCGACGCUGCAGGGCGGCCAGCAGAUGGAGAUCACCGCCAUGGUCGACAGCCCCGCCAACCUGGCCGCCCUGGCCGCGGCCGCCUCGUCCAGCUCGAUGCUCGCGGACGCUGAGGCCGUGGCGAGCACGGUGGCCACGCCGGCGCUGGCCUCCGUCAUGUCCCCCGACAAGGCGCUGCUGAGCUCGCUGGUGAGCAGCGCCGCCUCCGCCAUCAUGGGCCAGUCCGCGGCCUCCGCCCCGGCCUCGGGCGCGGCCUCGGCCAACCGCGGCAGCUCGAGCCCCGCGGCACCCGCCGCGCCGGCCUCGCCCGUCAACGACAAGGUCAUCACUGGCUCCACCAUCAUCUUCUUCGACGACCCCGAACCCGCCGACAAACCAAGCAGCAGCAGCGCCGUUAAGACCUCGACCCACAAGCACCACUCGUCCUCGGAUGGCGGUGUCACCAAGCCCUCCCGGACGCACCGGCCGCCCUCCAAGACCCACAAGCACAAGGUGAAGCCGUCCACGAGCACCAAGGAGAAGCCGUCUGCCUCGGCCGCCCUGGGCCACACGUACCGCACCUCCAUCCUGUCGUCCCGGACCGUGACGGCGCACGGCGCCACGCUGCAGGCCGGCGAGCAAGUCGUCGUGCUGUCGCGUCCGGACGGCUCCGAGGCCGUGAUACCCGUCGGCCCGACCUCCGCCACCGACUCGGCCACCAACAAGAGGCCCUCGGGGGAGAAGGUCGGAGAGGUCGCCGAGCCGAGCUCCAACCUUGGCAUGUCGGACCUGCUGCAGCUGGGCUCCAUCGGCAUCAACGGCAUCAACGCCCUACGCCCCGUGUUCAGCGCCAUGGCGGGCUUGCUCUCCCCGGCGAAGGAGGAGAUUCCUGCCAAGCAGCCCCUGGUGCUGGUGCACAAGCUGCCCGCGGUGUCGGGCCCCCACGGCCCACCGGUCGGCCUGCACGCGCCCCCGGCACCCGGCCCGACCCCCGCCGGCCUGCCGCUGUCCCCCUUCCAGAAGCCGCCGCCCCCAGGCCCCGUGGCAUCGGCCGGCCCUCCGCCGACGUCCCCCGCGCCGGUCCUCGAGCAGAACCCCCUGCUGAGCUACGCCGGCCCGCAGCCGCCGCCCCCCGAGAGGCUGGUGGCCGCGUCCUCCAACAACCCGCAGAGAAACCCGAUCUACAUCCCGGUUGGCGCGGGCGCCGGCCACCCCAAGGACACCAUCGCGGAGGAGAGCCAGCGCAUCGAGGGCAACACUAAGCUGAACGCGGUUUGGCCGGACGCGGAGCAACGCCUGAAACUGGCGCAACAGGCCCAGGCUCAGCAGGCCCAGGACGGCGCCAGCGGCGUGGUGCUGGGCAGGCCGACCCUGGAGUCGCCCCUGCUCGCCGGUGGCAUCCCCAUCCAGCCCGGCCAGGUCAUCACCGCCAACUCGGACGUCAUCAUCGGGAAGCCCUCGGUGCACGGGCCGCGACCUCCAAAGCGGCCGCCCACGCCCGCGGACCACACGCCCAUCGGCAUGAAGCCGCCGCCACCGCCGCCACCGCCCCAGGCUACCUGGCCCGAGCACGACCGCCUCCCCGAGGACACCGUCGAGCACGACACGCUGGACGAGCACCACGAGCAGCCCGUGCCCGCCGCCACGGGCGUGGACGAGCCGCAUGAGCAGUUUGGCGAGCACAUUGCCAACCUGCUGCCUCCGCCCGCACCGCCCGCGACACCGCUGCGCGAGGAACGCCCCAGUGGUGGUCCUGCCAUCCCACUCGGCCACUCACACCACCACCACCAUAACCACCACCACAAGAUCGCCGAGAUCCUUGACAUGUCGCCGCCAGCCAACCAGCCCACCGUCGUCCACGCGCCCUCUGACGACAUCGCACUGCGGCCUCCACCUCCGCCGCACCAGCAGCACCAGCAGCACCAGCAGCACCAGCAGCAGCACCUCCAGCAUCACCCCCAGGACCAACUCCACCCCCACCUCCAGCACCAGCUCCACCCCCAUCCCCAGCACGAGACGCAGCUGCACCAGCAGCACGUUGACCUCCCCAUGUUGACCGUAGUGGGCUCUCACUCCCCAGCUCCUCUGGGCCUCGGUGACUUUGGCCCCAGCCCCACUCAGGUGUCGGUCAUCCCCCAGGGCCAAACCAUGUUCCUGGGCCGGCCCGUCGGCCAAAAGAUGAACGUGGAUCAACAGCACCUAACCCCCGACACCAUCACCGUCCCCAUCAUCCUGCCCGGCAACCCGCAGGUGGUGGAGCGCGCCUCAGGGCAGCCGCUUCUCGUCAACAUCCAGCCCUCGCAGGUGGCCAACGUCCUCAUCCCGCACGGCAGCAGCACGGCGCUCAUCUACAGCGGUGACACGCUGGAGCACGGCAAGAAGGGCGAGUACUUCGACGACCCGCUGCCGUACCCUGACCCUGACACUGCGCACUCCGGUCCUGUCGCUGUCGGCCCGCUAGGGGUGCCCAAGCCCAGCUCGGCCAUACGCAUGGACGUCCCCAUCCCGCCGGAGGGCAUCCAAGUCCAGAUCUCUGCCGGGAACGCUGUGCAGGGUCCCUCAGUGCACGGGCCGCCCUCGGCCCCGCCGCCCAGCCAUGGACCGAGUAUUCCUCUGCAUAACGAGGUGCCCGUCCAGCACCACGUUAUUCACCACCAUCAAAACGACCAAGCUGGACAAGGGUUCCCGGGACAGUCGUCUCAUCAUCACCAUGGCCACCAUCCCUUCAACAACUUCCCCAACGUCCACGUUAACGAGGUGCCGCAUCGCGGCGGGUACCAUGACCCUGCUCACGCCCAGCAACAGCACGAACAGAACAUUCGGGAACAGCAACUGCAGGAACACAACAUACGCGAGCAGCAACUGCAGGAACAGCGCAUUCGAGAACAGCAGCUGCAGGAACAACACAUCCGAGAACAGCAGCUGCAGGAACAGAGGUUACGUGAGCAGCAACAACAGGAACAUCACCUGCGCGAGCAGCAGUUGCAGGAACAGCUACGCGAACAGCAACAGCAUGAACAGCGUCUGCGCGAACAACAACAACAACAACACGAACAGCGUCUCCGCGAACAGCAGCAGCAAGAUCAGCUCCUGCGAGAACAGCAAUUGCACGAACAGCACCUACGUGAACAGCAACUGCAGCAGAAACUGCUUCAGCAGAUCCAACAUCACCAACAACCCUCGCGUGACGCGGCCGGGCCUGUUCGGCCCACCGGCGCGCUUGACGAGCCCGUGGACUACAUGGUGCCCCCGCCAGCGCCCUCCCACCACGGGCGGCCCCGCCCCCAGGGUCGCCCCCAGCCGCAGCCACAAGCCCCGCACCGCGUCCCUCCGCCGCUGCCCGACCAGGACAACGAGCAGGACGGCGGCCCGGAGGAGAACGAGCCCAUCGAGUCUGAGGGCGGUGAGCUCAUCCAAGAGUCGAACGCGCGGCCGCUGCGCCCGGGGCAGGUGCCCAUCGAGCUGGAGGUGGCCAACCAGGCCAAGACGACGGAGCGGACGCCCAUCUUCAUCCCGCACGCGCCGGCUCUCGGCCCCGCGUCGCCCCCGCACCACCCGCACCACGGCCACCGCCACUACCCCGUGCCGCCCGGCCCGCGCCCGCAUGAGCCCUUCCGCUUCGAGAGGCCCGGACCGUCCGACCACAAGCCCAUGAACUUCGACAUCGAGUCGCCCAUCAAGUCAACCAUCAUUUACGAACAGCGACCGGAUAGCAACAGGCUGGAACCAGCAGACCCGGGGCCGCCCAAGACGGCCUUCAUCUUGCCGAGACCGUCCUCCAAGCCGUCCGCGGCGCCAAAGCCCCCACCCCCACCACCGCCACCCAAACCUUCCCCUACGCCGAUCCCCUUCCCCAAGCCAACACUGCCGCCUACAACAACGCCCGCUGCGCCUGUGACGACGCCCUCUAAGUCCGACGGUGGUGCUGGUUACGGUGACACUCCACCGCCCGCACCUCCAGUGUCGCCUACCUUCGCGGCAACCGCCACCAACAAGCCCCCCAAGAGCCGCCCCGACCGGCGACCCUCUGGCCCCGGAGACCGCACGUCCCACGACGACCAGGUGCUCGGCAUGGCCCCGCCUACGCUGCCGCCGACCACGACCACGAGCAGGCCGCACCGAAGACCGACGCAUCGGAAGCCGCGGCCUCCACCCCCUUACAAGUUUGAGAUGCCGCCACCGCCGGCCGACACGAUGCAGCCGCCCACAGAGCAGCCUCCGCCGCCCGCGACGAGCACGCGACCCCAGCCGCCGACGCAGCCUCCGGCGUCAUCGUCCGCCCCCAGCGAGGGCAGGCCCUUCAACCGGCCUCCGGUCCUGGAGAUGGCCAAGCCCUUCCCCACCAUCACGCUGCCAGGGUCGCAGGCAGGAGAGACGGUGCAGCACGAGGUCACCUGGUCGGAGCCGCCGAGGCGGUACACCACGACGACCACGACCUCAACCACCACGACGACGCCCGCGCCGACAACCAGCAGCACCACGAGGCGGCCAACGGCGCCCUUCAUCCGCCCGCUCCGGCCCUUCACGAAGCCGCCGAGGCUGUCUCCGCCCAGGGACGCCCCCGCCCCCAACAUCGUCCCCACGCCGCCACAGCCCGCGCCCACGAGUACGCUUGCCCAGCUGACGCCUCUGGACAUCGCCCCCACGACGACGCGCGGACGGCCGCCACCCAGCAACCGCUGGACGGCCAGUCCCAUCGCGGACACCAUCGCGGCCUCCGAGCCGACCGUCCCUGGGGUGGUGCCCAGCUCCAUCUCCACGCCGCUGGACAACUUCUCGGGCAAGUCGAGCGCGCAGCCCACCAGGGUGUACCUGACCAGACACAGCGGCUCCACCAACAGGUUCACGCGACCCACCACGACGGAGCGCUUCACGCCGUCACCCACCAAGGACUCGAACUCCCACACGCGCUACGCCAGCCCGCCGUACCGCGCGCCACCACGGCGCCCGCAGCCCGCCGACGAGGAGCUUCCCGCACCCUCGCCUGCACCCACACCAGCGCCGGCCCCCGCCCCUGUCCCCGCACCGCAGCCCACGCGCUACAUCACGCACACGGAGACCAUCGUCCUCACCACGACGGAGACCUCCGUGCUGCGCGGCAGCGAAGGGCAGCAGCCUUCCACACAGACGGUUGUGCUCACGUCCACGAUGACGUCCACACGCGUGGACACGGUCACGCAGACGGAGACUCUUGUGAAGCCCACCUCCGUGUUCGAGACGGUCACGACCACCGUGUCCCACACGACCACGCACAUCCACACUCAGACCGCCGAGCCUUCGGUGCUACCCACCAUUAUCCCCCCAUGGGCGGUGUCGCCCACUCCGUACCCGGAGAACGAGUCCAUUGACGUCCACGUAUCGUCUUCCGCCUCGGGUCACCCGACCGGCGCCAGUGAAGACGGCGGAGAGAGUGACGGCGAGGACGACGACAUCAUCACGCACCCUCAGGACGGCGAAGACUCCAUUUUCCUCGUCAUGACGGACCACAAGCCCGGCACCGUCCAGGUCCACAAGCUGCCGCCGCCCUCCCUCGAGGACGAGCCCACCAACGCCGACGAGACCAACGAGGUGAAGAACAACGCCGUGCUCCUGGGUGGCGUCCUGGUAGCCUCGCCGCCGGGCGUGCGCCCUGCUGGCGUCGUUGUCGACGAAGAGGACCCCGACGACGAGCACCUCGCGGUGCAGUGUCGCCCGGAGUGCUCGGCUACGCGGAACGAGCUGUGUCAGCGGCAGCAUGGCCUCAUGCGCUGUGUGUGCCGACCGGGCUUCGCCAGGAUGUUCCCCGACCAGCCGUGCAAGCCGACCUACACCUACAGCAUGCGGCUGGCGCUGGACCGACACGGCGGCGAGCGGGUGCGCUUCGCCGAGUGGCUGUCCGACCCGGCCUCCCCGCGCUUCGCCCGCCUCGCCGAGGCCACCAAGGAGGGCCUGGAGCGCGUCGUCAUGCAGAGCGAGCUGCGCGACGUGGCGCACGGCGUGGUGCUGCAGGGAUUCGCGCCCGCCGGUCAGCACGACAACGACCACGCCGUCGUCAACUUCUACGUCCAGCUGUCGGACAACACGGACGAGCUGCGGCUCAAGGGCGUGUUCCGCAAGAGCCUGCGCGCCACCAACUUCAGCCUCGGCGGCACGGAGGUGUUCGCCGCCCGCGAGAUGCUCCCCGAGCUGGACGCGGCCGACUUCGACGAGUGCGAGGCGGACGCCGGAGACUCGUCGGCCACGGCGCGCUUCCACGACUGUUCCGAGCACGCGCGCUGCUUCAACCUGCGCGGCACCUACACCUGCUCCUGCAAGGAGGGCUACACGGACGUGUCCGAGAACCCCCAGUUCCCGGGUCGCGCCUGUUCGGCCGAGCAGGUCGGCUGCGAGCAGUGCCACUACCACGGCACGUGCUUCUCGCGAGGCCCCGGCGAGCGGCCCGUCUGCGAGUGCUUCCAGUGGUACACGGGCCAGAACUGUCACAUCAACCUCAAAGUGCUGCUGAUCGCGCUGGGCACCCUGGGCGCCGUGCUGCUGCUGCUGCUCGUGCUGUGCUGCGUCAUGGCCUGUGCCCGUCGCCACUCCCGCUACAGCCGCGCGGGCCGGCCGCAGCCGCCGCCGGGCUUCCUGCGCUACCGCGGCCCCUCGCACCGCGACCACGACACCCGGGCCAUGAUCCACGACACGAGCAGCGAGGGCUCCGUCGACAACCUGCCGCCCUACGUGACGGCCAUGCACCAGCCCAUGCACACCAUGAGCGCCAAGCACAAGAAGGGCGCCGGCAAGAAGGUGUCGGUGCCGCACGAGCUGGUCGUGGAGCGCGCGGACUGCGGCUCGGCGCUCGGCUCGCCCGCCGGCACCAUGGAGCAGCGCGACCGCUCGCUCACCGUCAUGAUCCCUCGCGCCAAGUACCGCGCCGCCAGCACCAGCGGCCCCGCGCCGCUCACGUCGCUGUCCACGUUCACGGGCGAGCUCUCGCGCGAGCACGACCCCCAGCACAAGCUGCUGGCCUACCUGGAGGGCCCCAGCUCCGGGGCGUGCCCGCAGCAGGGCCCGCAGGGAUCGCAGGGCGCGCAGGCCGUGCCGCAGGCGGCCGCGGGCGCGCAGCAGGGCGCCGGCCGCAAGCAAAGCGCGCAGAGCGGCGCCGGCCCCGCGCCACCACCGCCGCCCUCCCACCGGAAGGGCCCCGCCCCCAGGAAGCCGUCGGCGACGGGCGCCCUCGUCUCGGCCGGCUUUGAGGUGUCCGCCACCGUGGGCCGGCACAUACGCCCCGGGCCGCACACCCUGGACGUGGACGAGGACGUGUCCUCGCGGGACGGCGACGACAUGAGCUCGCACCACCCGCACUACCACGCCGAUCAUCAUCAUCACGAUCACCGCUACGACACGCAGCGCACCAGAGUCGGAGACAGCCGCACUAGUUCUGCUAGUGCCCCAGUCGGUGGAGACAGCUGUCCAGCACACCAGCUAGCCGCCAGGCUCGCAGACCUGACGGUGUCAGAGGCCCGAUCGUGUGACGAGACCACAAUCCAGCCCCCCACCAAAUGCAUACACAGCCAUGUCUCAAACUACGCCUCAUCAAAGCCAUCUUCACAUUCAAAUCACAACAACAAUGAUGAAAGCCAUACAAUGGUUGAAAGAGAUUUAGGAUCAACAUUCCUCAUGCCCCAGACUCAUCUUUACCAACCAGAUAGAGGCAGCGAUAUUUCCAACUUUGAUUCUCUCUGAAGAUAACCUACCGUCGACGGGCAGCAGGCACCUCAUGCUCAACAGACCUCCGAUAAAGCCCUGCCGUUCUGUCUUUUUUUUUAUUGACUAAAACAUUUGAUAGACUUAUAUGUGACAAUGUGCUAUUUAAUAGUAACAAAUCAUAAGAUUCUUAUUAUUUUUGUAUUUGUAUCAUAGUAGGAUUAUGUAUAAUAUUGAAUAGUAUUGUAGUUUUGUACUUGUUGAAAUGCCCUGGAAAUAAUAACAAAAUGAUAUGUGUAUGAAAUUUGUAAGGACUGAAAUAUGCCACGGUAUCAAGUUGAUGAAAUAAUGACUCUAUGAAGGAAACAGCAUUAGAACUCUCUCUUGUAAGAUUAGAUGGUAGUAAAGGGAAUCUCUUCACCCUGGUUUAGUGUUUUCUAUGGGUAAACCAUAAAUCAUUGUCUGUAUAUAGUGAUCAAUGUGUUUUAACUUCUCCAUUUAUUAUUUAUCAGUCUUUUCUUUUGUAUAAUUAAUUACUUCAUGCUAUGUAUAUAUUAUGCUAGUGACCUUACGAGAGAGUUCAUGUUGUUUGACUGAGUGAAUCAUAUAUUCAUCACACACCUUAUACCUGCCUAGUGCCAAAAGUAUAUUUUUGUAUUUUUAAACUCUAAGAUUUGUCUGUGCUUUAUUUUUGGUCUUUUACCUUCUAGUAAUUUCAAUAUUUCUCUAUUCACCAAAAGAAAUUACUGCAAGUUACAAGACCUUGGUGAUGACACCAGAUGAUUAAGUUUUAAGGACUUGACAUAGUAUGUGGAAUAUCAAAAACUUGCACACAUGUUAAAAUGUGUACUUACUGCUAGGAUAAGAUUUGUCAUUUUACAUAUUGAAUAAACUAACUGAUCGUUUAA